UGAGUGUGUGGAGUUGUUGAGAUGACAGACACAGUGAUUCCAAUUGUAUUAUUUCUGUUCAGUGCUGGCUGUGAGGAAAGGCAUCUAUCACUUCUCUUGUGGCAUUAUGGGAAAGCCACUUUCAUUGCAGCUGACAAAACGUAAGUCGGAGUUUGUAUCAAUGCUCCAGCCAGCUGGCCUGAAAAUACCUUCAUCUUUGUAUCAAAAACUAGAUGAAGUUUCUUCUCUUCAGCCCAUUCUCUAAUCACAUAUCCAUUUCUGUCUUUGACGGAAUACUUCAGAAAUUCAUGGUGACUCUGAAGGCACCUAAAUAUAUUGCAUGACAUUCUACAGUCUGAACGAAAAGUCACAGCCAUAGUGUCUCAGGUGGCUUGCAGAUAUUUCUAAGUGUUGCCAUGCAAUUUUAUGACAACAGUAUGUAGGUCAGACUCCACAUUUUCAGAAAUCAACAAAACCUCAUUUAUGUUGCUCCAGGUGUAUAUAGAAACUCAUACACGUCAUGGUACAUUAUUCCAAAUGCAGUGAACCAAGAAUUUGACCUCUGUUUUGGAAUUGUUCUUCAUCAGAAGCAUGCAUUUCCUUACAAUGACAACAUCAGUGUCAUUGUCCAGCAAGAAUUUUGACAAGUACUCCCUCUUUGGCUUGAUAAUGCUUUUGGUGUUCAGUUGGAGUAGUCAGAUUCUUGGUCCAAUGUUUCUCAUUAAUAAGCUCUGAGAAGAACUGUUUAUGCUAUUUGGUUGAUGUGCCAUUGUAUUACUGUUGUUUUUUAGCUCUAUCUCGGAAGCAAGUGUAGUUUAAAAGAUGUGAUGAACAUGAACAACUUUAGCACCCUAUCUGUCCAGAUAAUUCCAUUUUAUAAAAGACUCUUGUGUUUUAUUAAUGUUCACACCUCUGCAUUAGGCAUUACAAACAAUAUCUUAAGCAUUUCACGUAAUGCAUCAUCAAAGAACAUCUGCUACCAGCUGAUAACUCAUACAAAAGAUAAUGUUGGGUAUGACUUGGCUGUCUGAUAUUUUAGCAUUAGUAGCAGUUAUUGUAGAAGCUGCACUAACACUUUCACUGUACCUUUACAUGUGUAAUGAGUGGUAUGGAAAAUAUGAAAUUAAGAUUGGGUAAUAACAAAUAUGUGUUAACUUUUUUUUUAAGUGUUUUACACCCAGAGCCAGAAAAUUACUGCCUACACUGGGAAAUACAAGGUCACCACAAGUUGUACUUGAUGUCCAUGAACUUUGUAAACAGGAUGUAAGUCUCUGAUUGGAGGCUCUUUUUUUCUUCCACCCCCUUCUUUCUUUUUCCCUUCUUCUCCUUCUCUCUCUGUCUCUCUAUGUCUAUCUAUCUGAUGAUGAGUAAACAUUUUUCUCAUUCCAACAGAUGUUUCAGAUUGUGAAAUCAUCUGAAACAGAGUUGAAAUAGCAGCAUAGAUCCCACAAUGGAUACAGGACCUGAGGCAGCUGGAAGCAAUGACAGUGAGACACAAAUGAAUAGAAAACUUGGGGAGAAGAUUCACUAUAUAGUAACUAACAUCACAGUGGAACCUCUGGCGAUAUUAUACUGCAUGCCACUGUUACUCACAUCAUUUGCGACUAGCAAUUUAAAUUUAGAAAAAGCCUGUCGUGUGAAUCUUGAAUACAACAGCACAGUGUGUGAUGCAAUAACUGCAAGAAAUAUAAGUGAGCUUAAAGAAGAGGAAACAAAAAUACAAACUGUGGUUGCCAAUGUGCAAAAUUGGAGAAACAUUCUACGUUUCUCAGUUCCAGCAAUUUUCAUAAUAUUUAUUGGGUCAUGGAGUGACCGUACCAGUAAGCGGAAGCCUUUGCUAUUGUUUCCAAUAUUUGGAGAACUUUUAUCUAGCAUUGGACUUUUGCUAUGCACCUACUAUUACCUGGAGUGGCCUGUGGAAGUUGCAGGUGUGAUUGAGGGCUUAUUUCCAGCAAUUACAGGCAGCAAUAUGGUAUUCACCAUGGCUCUGUAUAGUUAUGUGUCAGAUAUUACAACAGAAGAAGAUAGAACAUUUCGCAUUGGUAUAAUAAACAUGAUUAUUUUCUUGUGCUCAUUAGUUGGACAAUUCAUUGGUGGUAUACUCCUUGAAAAAGUUACAUUUUAUGGCAUGUUUUCAAUUGCUGCCAUCUCAUAUGCCUGUGGCCUUAUAUAUUGUUGGUUUUAUGUUAAAGAAAUACAAAAAGAUGCAAUUUCUUUGACUGAUAGAAACAAAAAAAUCAAUUUUUUUGACUUUGGUCUUGUGAGAGAAACAUUUUUUAUCUUAUUCAAAAGAAGAGAAAACUAUCAAAGACUAGUGUUGUGUCUACUAAUGUGCGCAUUUAUAUCAUCAGCUGGUCCUCCCUUCGGGGAGACAACACUUGCAUAUUUCUUCAUGAGACAGCAGUUUGGUUGGGAUGAAAAAGAUGCCACUUACUUUUUUACAUACAGUGCAGUUAUUUCUUUCAUAGGAACACUUUUCACAGUAAGUGUGCUAAGCAAAAUGGUUAAACUGAAUGACUGCUUGAUUGGAUUAAUAGUGAGCAUUAGCAGACUGAUUGCUGAUUUUUGUUAUGCUUUCACUUAUAGAGAAUGGCAGCUGUACUUGGCUCAGACAAUUGAUCUACUCACUGGUGCAGGUCUCAUUCCAGUUCGAUCUGUUGUUUCAAAGAUUGUACCUUCCGAUGAGAUUGGAAGAACAUUUUCUCUGAUGGGUAUUUGUGAAGGAAUUACAACAUUUGCAUUUGGACCAUUGUAUAGUACGACAUAUAUAGCAACGCUUGAGACAUUUCCAGGUGCUUUCUUCUUACUCGGUACCAUUUUCGCUCUAAUAACUGGAGCUAUCUACACAACUAUUUAUGUACUGUGGAAAAGGGGCAAAACUCAUUUGGAGAAACACUCCAUUGAAAUGGAUGCUGCACAAAAUGAUCAGACAACAAAAGAAGAACAUGUAAAUGAGGCUUUUCAAACCGAAGAACAAGCAGACCUUGACAGCAAGCUGUGAAACAUAAAAAAUUGUUACCAGAUAUCUCUGAAAGAUCAUGAAUAUAUAUUACACUAUCACUGUCUAAUCUAUGAAUUUUCAUCCAUAGUAAAAUAUCUUAUGGCACUAACAGUCUUCCAUUUACAUAUUAUUUAUUACAGUAAAACUACCUUUUUACUCUUUUCAGCAGAAUGAUUCAAUAUAGUGUAAAAUGCAGGAAAGUGUAAAAUACAGGAAAGCACAGGAAACACAAUAAGCUUUAGAUUUUGUGUCUAUUGUUCACUGUUUACAAAGACUCCCAACUGCGGGGUUUUAACAAAUAUCACAUCAUGAAAUGUAUUUAACAUAAUUUUACAAUGAUUAUCAAUA